CACCCCGAAGCUCCAGCAUCAGUGAAGACCAGCACCCAGCCGGGGCGUCGCAAAGCACCAUGGUAGGACUAGAGAGCCACUGCUGACACCGGCGUGACUGAUGAUGACAGCCCACGCAUGGGUUACCGUGCGCCACAGCCGCGCCGCACGAGGAGGAAGCACAGCCAUGUGAAAGUGACUCGGCUGCCGGCAACUCUUGGACAUGUUUUCCAGGUCAAAGUCUGGAUUUCUUUCUGUGUUUGAACUUGUUUUUUUAAUCUUGGUCCUUUGCGGCUGUCCCAAACUCACCGAUCAGGCCAGGACUAAAGGCAGAUGGAACAAGGGGGGAUCCCGUCUGCGCCAAGAGGACUCCGCACCCCGGAUCGUGGAGCACCCCUCUGACCUGAUCGUCUCCAAGGGGGAGCCCGCCACGCUCAACUGCAAAGCGGAGGGGCGGCCGACCCCGACGGUGGAGUGGCACAAGGAUGGCGAGCGGGUGGAAACGGACAAAGAUGACCCGCGCUCCCAUCGCAUGCUGCUGCCCAGCGGCUCGCUCUUCUUCCUUCGCAUCGUUCACGGACGGCGGAGCAAACCGGACGAGGGGGCCUACGUCUGCGUGGCCCGGAACUACCUGGGAGAGGCCGUCAGCCGCAACGCGUCGUUAGAAGUAGCAUUGCUGCGAGAUGACUUCAGACAGAACCCGUCAGAUGUGGUGGUGGCAGCAGGAGAGCCAGCCAUCCUCGAGUGUGUUCCUCCCAGAGGCCAUCCUGAACCCACCAUCUACUGGAAGAAAGACAAAGUGCGAAUUGAUGACAAGGACGACAGGAUCACCAUUCGAGGAGGGAAGCUAAUGAUCUCAAACACAAGAAAGAGCGAUGCUGCCAUGUACAUUUGUGUGGGUACCAACAUGGUCGGAGAGAGGGACAGCGAGACGGCACAGGUCACAGUGUUCGAGCGACCGACCUUCCUCCGGAGGCCCAUCAAUCAGGUUGUCCUGGAGGAGGAGACGGUGGAGUUCCGAUGCCAAGUACAAGGAGACCCUCAGCCGAAUAUACGCUGGAGGAAAGACGACGUUGAUGUUCCUCGUGGGAGAUACGAGAUCAAGUACGACAAGGACGAUUAUGUGCUGAGGGUGAAGAAGGCUUCCAUCAACGACGAGGGUGCCUUCACCUGUGUGGCGGAGAACCGGGUGGGGAAGCUGGAGGCCACUGCCACCCUCACCGUCAGAGCUCGCCCUGUCGCUGCGCCCCAGUUUGUCAUCCGCCCGAGGGACCAAAUUGUGUCUCAAGGCCGAACCGCUACCUUCCCGUGUGAAACUAAAGGAAAUCCUCUGCCUGCUGUUUUCUGGCAGAGGGAGGGAAGUCAGAAUUUGCUAUUUCCCAACCAACCUCAGCAGCCCAGCAGUCGCUUCUCGGUGUCACCCAGCGGAGACCUCACCAUCUCAUCUGUGCAGCGGGCAGAUGCUGGUUACUAUAUCUGCCAGGCCCUGACCGUUGCAGGCAGCAUCCUUGCCAAGGCUCAACUGGAAGUCACAGAUGUGCUCACUGACAGGCCGCCACCCAUCAUUCGCCAAGGCCCAUCCAAUCAGACACUAGGUGUGGAAAGUGUGGCACUAUUGAAGUGCCAGGCAUCUGGAGACCCCAUCCCCUCCAUCAGCUGGCGGAAGGACGGGGUCAGUCUGCUGGGGAAGGACGCCCGUAUGUCCCUGCAGGGGCUUGGCAGCCUGCAGAUAAAAAACGUCAAGCUUUCAGACUCUGGCAUCUAUACAUGUGUGGCUACCAGCUCCAGCGGAGAGACAUCCUGGAGUGCAUUCUUGGAAGUCAAAGAAGGCGGUGGAGCAACGGUCACGAAGAACCACGAUGAGAAUGAGCUUCCAGGCUCACCGUCUAAACCUCAGGUCACAGAUGUCAGCAAGAACAGCGUGUCCUUGUCCUGGCAGCCCGGGGUGGCUGGAGCAUCACCUGUCUCCUCAUUCGUCAUUGAAGCAUUCAGUCAAUCCGUGAGCAACAGCUGGCAAACGGUAGCCGAUCAUGUAAAAACCACCCAGUUUACCGUCAAAGGUCUCCGUCCCAAUACCAUCUACCUGUUCAUGGUCCGAGCAGUCAACAGCCAAGGCCUGAGUGAUCCAAGCCCCAUGUCUGAUCCUGUCAGAACACAAGACAUAAGUCCUCCAGCCCAGGGUGUCGACCACAGGCACGUACAGAAGGAGCUCGGUGAGGUCAUGGUUCGGUUGCACGCGCCAGUUGUCCUGAGUCCUACAACAAUUCAGGUCACGUGGACAGUGGAUCGUCAGUCCCAGUUCAUCCAGGGUUACAGAGUUCUCUACAGGCAGACAUCGGGACUGCCUUCGCCAGGACCCUGGCAGACCCAGGAUGUGAAAGUCCCUUCUGAACGCAGCGCCGUCCUCUCUGCGCUCAAAAAGGGCAUCGUGUAUGAGAUCAAGGUCCGCCCUUACUUCAACGAGUUUCAAGGCAUGGACGGUGAAUCCAGAACGGCACGGACGACCGAAGAAGCCUGUUUUGAUUCAUCUGUAGGUGUCACAUGUGCCCAGUGGAAAAAGUGUAACAUUUUCGUUUUCUAUUAUUCUCCUAGCAUCAAGCUAAUGUUGCCUGUUUAUCUCCGUGACCCGUCAGGUAAGGAAUUCCGGGACGUGAUUAUACAUGGAAACCGCAACAACAGCAUCACAGAGCAGAUCACGGACGUUGUGAAACAACCUGCCUUUAUCGCCGGCAUCGGAGGGGCCUGCUGGGUCAUUCUCAUGGGCUUCAGCAUCUGGCUCUACUGGAGGAGAAAGAAGAGAAAGGGCCUCAGCAACUACGCAGUUCAGUCCUUCACCUUCACCCCUGCAGUGACAUUCCAGAGAGUGGACGGCGGCUUGAUGAGCAACGGAAGCCGGCCAGGCCUGCUCAACUCCAGUGACCCGGGAUACCCCUGGUUAGCGGACUCUUGGCCGGCCACCAGCCUGCCUGUCAACAGCAGCUCCGGGGGACCCAACGACUUGAGUAACUUUGGUCGAGGAGAUAUUCCCACUGGGCAAGGGGACAAGAGCGGCACCAUGCUCUCGGAUGGAGCGAUCUACAGUAGUAUAGACUUCACCACUAAAGCCAACUACAACAGCCCUGGCCAAAUAUCCCAAGCAACUCCUUAUGCCACCACCCAGAUUCUCCACUCCAGCAGCAUCCACGAGCUGGCUGUGGAUUUGCCGGAGGCCCAGUGGAAGGCCUCACUCCAGGCUAAGCAGGAAAUGGCAAAUCUGGGAUACUCCUUGCCUGACAAGAACUCCUGCAACAACACCCUCCUUUUCAUUCCUGACUACCGAUUGGCCGAAGGAUUGUCUAAUAGAAUACCGCACAACCAAUCACAAGAUUUCAGCACCACCAGCUCUCACAACAGCUCAGAGCGAAGCGGCAGUCUCUCAGGUGGGAAGGGAGGCAAGAAGAAGAAGACCAAGAGCAGCUCCAAACCCACUAAAGCCAAUGGAUCCAACUGGGCCAACGUUCCCCUCCCCCCUCCCCCUGUUCACCCUCUGCCUGGCACUGAGAUGGACCAUUAUCCCAAUGAGCACCAUGACGGAGGAGGGUAUGAGAGUGAUGGUUGGGGUCCACCCAUGCCCGUGCAGACCUAUCUUCACCAGGGUAUGGAGGACGAGCUGGAGGAGGAGGAGGAGAGGGUUCCCACCCCGCCCAUCCGAGGGGUCGCCUCCUCCCCAGCGGCUGUUUCCUUCGGGCAGCAGUCCACAGCCACCCUCACCCCGUCCCCUCGGGACGAGAUGCAGCCCAUGCUCCAGGCCCAUUUGGAUGAGCUGACCAGAGCGUACCAAAUGGACAUGGCAAAACAGACAUGGCACAUGCAGGUAGGCUCUCUUCCUCCCCUGGCUCCAGCUCCCCCAGUGGGCUACGUGUCGAGCACAAUGGUUUCUGACCUGGAGACUGACCUCCCGGACGAGGAGGAGGAGGAAGAAGAGGAGGAGGAGGAGGAUGAAGGCUACGGGGCCAGACAUCCCCGCGGCAUUGAGCACACACCGGGGUCUAGCAUGGACAACCUGGACAGCUCUUUAACAGGGUCCAUGGUCAAUGGGUGGGGUUCGGCCUCGGAGGACGACCGUAAUUUCUCCAGCCACAGGUCCAGUUUGGGUAGUUCGUCUGAUGGCUCCAUCUUUACGCACUGCAGUUUUGCCCAGGCCCUGGUGGCCGCUGCAGACAAGGCAGGCUACCGCCUGGAGGGCACCAGCCUCAGCAAGAGAGGUAAAGGCUUGUCCCACAGGCCCCGGCCAAGCAGUCCAUUCUCAACAGAUGGCAGCACAGUCGGCACACACAGCUUGGGCCACCAGAGGGCCACCAGACCCACACGCAAACCCCGAAGCCAGGGCACAGCCCCCCACCGGAGAGAUGCUGGUGCAGACGACCUACCUCCUCCGCCUGAGCCUCCCCCCUGUCAGGGUCCGGGCCGUAUCCAAGGGGCCCGCAGCGUAAACAACAUGGGACCCCAAACAGAAAGGAAGGCUUCCUCUCUGGAGCGCCCGCCUAUGUCAGGACCCCUAUCGGGGCCGGAGGACAUGAAGAGCUCCGUGGACAGGCAGACACGCACUUCUCUGGAGCAUCAUCGCCACGUUCAGGACAGGCUGGGCUCCGUGGAGCGAACUGAUGACGGCCGCAGGGGACACAAAGCAGAGGACGGGUGUCUGCCAUACAACAAGCCAUCCUUUCCCUCCCCGGGGGGCCAGAGCUCCUCUGGCACAGGCUCCUCCAAGGGCUCGACAGGGCCGCGCAAGGCCGAGGGUCCACGGCAGCCACAACAGUGGACCGCCACAGAGCACGCUGAAUUCCUGGGGACCAAUGGACAGGGACAGUACUCAGGGGAGUUAUAGUGAUCUGCCUGCCAUGUGAACUGAAAAAACCUGGGUCUUUCCUCAAAAGAAUGGGGCCCUCCUUCUCGGGGCAAUGAACAUUGUCCCCAUCUGUGUGUUCUCAGAGGGAAGGAUUGCAGUAGAGGAGACGACAGAGAAAAGCAGUGUCACAAAACUGUAAAUGUGAUGUAUAGACACAGACAUACUGUACAUCUCACUAUGUUUUUUGUCCUCAAGAAAAUAUUUUCCACCUCCUACCUUACUGUAAUUUUCUUUUUGUUAUAAAAAGGCAAGUAAACAAAAACAACAAAAAAAGAACAUCUAUACGAGAACACAUUUCUGCCAAAUUCCCUUUGGGAGAAGAGAAUUUUGUUUCCUGUAAAUAUCUUCUUUAACUCGCUGUUGCAUUGCUAUGCAAGCCUAAUUUAGUUUGAGCUUUUAAUUUACAUAUACAGUAACAAUUGGUUUUAUCUGGUUAUUUGUAUUAUAUGUGAAUUGAGUGGCUGUUGUGCCAUACAAUAAUUGUUUUAUAAUCCAUUGUUUGUUAAUACUUACCAUUAAUUAUUAUCAUUAUUAUUAUUAUUCUUAAUUAUUGUUUUUGCACUGCAAUUUUUGGUGAUAAGCACAAAAACAUAGCUCCUGCUGACAUGAAGAACCGGAAUAAUAUGUGAAGAGGAGUUUCUGUACUGUAAAGUAAAGAGAACAAAAUGAUAUACUAAUGUACAGAGAGAUAUUAAAGAGUACGGCUUUGCUCACAGACGGCGAGAAAAAAAGGCAUCCAUUUCCAUGGUGGAGACUAAUUACGGGGCAAACAGACGAGGUCCUCGAGGGUCUGAAGGGCAGAUAUGUACACAGAGGAUACUGUAUUACUGUAGGUGACCAAGUUGAUUAUUUCAUUUCUAAAUAGCUGUCCUAAAUCAGUAUUUUGAUUUAAGAGCUAUCUAGCUGACAAUGCUUUGGGGCAACUGGAGGCUUUGCUGUCUUCAGAAACAAGUGUCUACACGUAUUAGACCCUGCGUUUGAGUUUAGUUGUCAUGAAUACGCCUAAAUAACUGAACUACUCCCCGUUCUGGAUAACGGCACACCAACCAUGGAACCGCUAAAAGCGAGGAGGAACCGGUAAAAUCUGUCCUCGCGCUGCUCUUCAUUCAUACAACUUACAGGAGCAGAAUCUUAAUUCUUCUGCAGCCUUAACAGGCAAGCAGACAUCACAACGGAGUAUUUAUUGGGAUGAGUAGCAAUGAUACUUUCAAACCUGCUAAAAUAUCAGUGGAGUAUAAUUUGUUUACAACUUUUUUUAUUUGGAAUUUCACGUUCCAUCAUUUUAAUAUUGUUUGCUUUUAAAGCACUUACUGUUUAAUGUUAGUCAAAUUAUCUGUGUUGCAGUAUCAUCCAAGAAAACAACAAAUUUACCCGUUUGGGCCAGCUAAGUGCCGUCAAUAUUGGGUAUUCUAUUAGUGUAGUUGUUGCUGUAAAGGUUGGUGGUUCAGUUACCGAUACACUAUAGUCAGCGCAGCCUUGUGUCAAUAACUUGAGAAGAAACGGUGAUUUACAACGUAGCUGAGAGUCACUGAUUGAACCCCCCCAAAAAAGUGACAAUGGAGAAAAGCCUCGAUUAUUAACUAGCGGGCCUCACUGCCUCCAUGUCUACAGCCGGAGUGCGAAGCAGAACCCUUUCUUUCUGCCUCACCGCCACAAAACACACACUCGUCAUCCGCCGCUUCCCAGCCUCUGAAUCUCAAUUGCUUUUGUCUUUGAGACAAUGUUUUUAUUGGUUGUCCUUUUUUAAUGAAAAGCUCGUUCCUUUGUAUGCCUUUUAUGGACUCCAAAACGCUGCUUACAACAAUGUUUUCAAUAUAAUUGUUCAGGAUUUUUGUGGUAAACUGACUGUUUGUUUUGUCUUUUUUUUGUACCGCUAAUAUUAAUAAAGGUGGGUGGAAGGCCGUCAGAUGCUGUUGUGCUGUUGUCGUCAUGCCAUUGUCAUUUUAUAUCAUCCACCCAGUGGCCAGUCUUCUGGAAAUGAGGUGCAAAGAGUAUCUCAGGUUAUUUUACAUUCUGGUGGUGUUUAUGUAUGUAUAUAUAUGUGUAUAUAUCCAUAUGCAUCUCCACCUGAUUAUUCCAUUCCAUUUUCAUUGAGAAUAUCCCUCUCUCGUGUCCGACUCUGUCGUUCCCUCUUUUCUUUUUCUGCAGUGGAUUUUGAUUCCGAGUAUAAUGUGCUGGUUCAUCCACCUUAAGACAAGAUGUCAUUAAAAGAACAUACCAAAUUAAGAUUGAUAUUUCUAAUGUCUAAUGCGUUUUAGUGUCUCUUUAAUACUCAUUGUCUUCUUUUGAAUCACAGUGUCGUUUUGUAUUUAUUAAAAUGAUAAUAAAAGUAUAUUGUGAAAUAUGCAUAAAGAUUGGUGGAAUAUAAUAUGUGUUUUUUCGUUCCGUGAGAAGUUGGCCGUCCGAGGCCGAGCAGCGAGGCCAUAAGCAGACGAUAGGCACACUGUGCUCACAGCACGAUGAAAGGCCGGGUCAGUAGUCGUCGGAGUCACUCUUCGUCCUGCAUGUUCACCGCACUGCUCCUCUCAUGUCAAAACUAAAGCAACUUAAAACCUUAUCGAACACAAGGAGCAAAAACGCUCACAACUUGCUUGUCAAGACAAUAGAGAAAAUGUCUUUUUGGAAGGAUAAAAGUACUUUGGCUUUUCCUCUCUUUUGUUAAUUUUCUCAAUAUUGUUGAUUCUUUGUAGCCUAUUUGUGUGUUGCCUUUUUGCUAAAGAAAAGAUUAAAAAUGAUGACAAAAAGA